AUGAUAUAUUGCAUUGUGGGUGUCAAUAUAACUGACGGCCAUAUUUGCCGGUGCUGCUACUGCUGUAAACAACCCAAAGUGUCUGGGAGACACGGAGACGCUUCACUGAAUUUCAGGACGCUUCUCCUCCUCCCGCUGGCCAUGUCUCUGGGAAUGUCUUACAAGCCCAACUUGAACGCCCACAUCCCCGGGACUCCCCUCAACCCGGCUGGGAGUGUUCAUUCUCCUUCCACAAGUAUGGCAACAUCUGCGCAAUAUCGACAGCUUAUAAAUGACUAUGGACCCCCUUCUCUAGGCUAUACACAAGGGAUGCAGGGUACCAGCAGCAGUCAAGUACCACAGAGCAAAUAUGCAGAACUUCUAGCUAUCAUAGAAGAAUUAGGAAAAGAGAUUAGACCCACAUAUGCUGGGAGUAAAAGUGCGAUGGAGAGGCUAAAAAGAGGCAUUAUCCAUGCUCGAGGCUUAGUUCGUGAAUGCUUGGCUGAGACGGAACGCAAUGCAAGAUCCUAGCCUG